GCAUGCGUCCUACUUGUUAAGUGACGCCAGUGGGCGGGGCGGGCAACGGGGUGCGCGUGCGCAGAGCUUGUGCGAAGGGCUUUAUUUAGGCUGCGCAGGCGCCCGCUAAUCAUUUCUCUUCAGCCACGCCGAGGCAUUGUGUGGAGUCGAUUUCGACGCCAGGACCCGGGAAGAGACGAUGAUGCUGGGCGCAGAAGGCGGAGAGGGCUUCGUGGUGAAGGUCCGGGGCUUGCCCUGGUCCUGCUCGGCGGAUGAAGUGCAGCGUUUCUUUUCUGACUGCAAAAUUCAAAAUGGGGCUCAAGGUAUUCGUUUCAUCUACACCAGAGAAGGCAGACCGAGUGGCGAGGCUUUUGUUGAACUUGAAUCAGAAGAUGAAGUCAAAUUGGCCUUGAAAAAAGACAGAGAAACUAUGGGACACAGAUAUGUUGAAGUAUUCAAGUCAAACAACGUUGAAAUGGAUUGGGUGUUGAAGCAUACUGGUCCAAAUAGUCCUGACACGGCCAAUGAUGGCUUUGUACGGCUUAGAGGACUCCCUUUUGGAUGUAGCAAGGAAGAAAUUGUUCAGUUCUUCUCAGGGUUGGAAAUCGUGCCAAAUGGGAUAACAUUGCCGGUGGACUUCCAGGGGAGGAGUACGGGGGAGGCCUUCGUGCAGUUUGCUUCACAGGAAAUAGCUGAAAAGGCUCUAAAGAAACACAAGGAAAGAAUAGGGCACAGGUAUAUUGAAAUAUUUAAGAGCAGUCGAGCUGAAGUUAGAACUCAUUAUGAUCCACCACGAAAACUUAUGGCCAUGCAGCGGCCAGGUCCCUAUGACAGACCUGGGGCUGGCAGAGGGUAUAACAGCAUUGGCAGAGGAGCUGGCUUUGAGAGGAUGAGGCGUGGUGCUUAUGGUGGAGGCUAUGGAGGCUAUGAUGAUUAUAAUGGUUAUAAUGAUGGAUAUGGAUUUGGUUCGGAUAGAUUUGGAAGAGACCUCAAUUAUUGUUUUUCAGGAAUGUCUGACCACAGAUACGGGGAUGGUGGUUCUACUUUCCAGAGUACAACGGGACACUGCGUACACAUGCGGGGAUUACCAUACAGAGCUACUGAAAAUGACAUUUAUAAUUUUUUUUCACCACUCAACCCUGUGAGAGUACACAUUGAGAUUGGACCUGAUGGCAGAGUAACUGGUGAAGCAGAUGUUGAGUUUGCAACCCAUGAAGAUGCUGUUGCAGCUAUGUCAAAAGACAAAGCAAAUAUGCAACACAGAUAUGUAGAACUCUUCUUGAAUUCCACAGCAGGAGCAAGCGGUGGUGCUUACGAACACAGAUAUGUAGAACUCUUCUUGAAUUCUACAGCAGGAGCAAGCGGUGGUGCUUAUGGUAGCCAAAUGAUGGGAGGCAUGGGCUUGUCAAACCAGUCCAGUUAUGGUGGCCCAGCCAGCCAGCAGCUGAGCGGUGGUUAUGGAGGUGGCUACGGUGGCCAGAGCAGCAUGAGUGGAUAUGACCAAGUUUUACAGGAAAACUCCAGUGAUUUUCAAUCAAACAUUGCAUAGGUAGCCAAGGAACAGUGAACAGCAGCUACUACAGUAGCGGAAGCCGUGCAUCUAUGGGCGUGAAUGGAAUGGGAGGGAUGUCUAGCAUGUCCAGUAUGAGUGGUGGAUGGGGAAUGUAAUUGAUUUUGAUCACUGACUCUUGGUCAAAAAUUUUUUUUAAAGAAAAAACCCUUCAGUUUAACAGUUUUUGCAGCCCAGCCUUGUGAUUUAUGCCUGCUCUGAGGGGAUAUUGGCAUUGUUAACGAACUGAGGUUCAGUGUUGAACAUAGCAAUCACCUAGAACGAUAGAUGGGGCAGAGUUGCGAGAUGAAACUGUUAAACAAUUCCCAGCUUUUCUCUAGUUACUGUAGGAUGUACGUAAGCAGUAAGUGUAUUUAGGUUAAAACAGUUGAAUUAUGUUAAAUGUUGCUCUGAUAAUACAUUACAUUGAACACCGUUGAUGCAUGUUGAAAAGACAUGCUUUUUUGUAAAACUCAAUGUAGGAGCUGUGUCUACAAAGUGAAACAUUUGGCAUGUUUGUUAAUUCUAAUUUCAUUUGAUAA